AUGACCACGGUACUUGUAAUCGGCGCCUCUGGCAAGGUGGGCUCGCAAGUUGUUAAGGAGCUCGAUGCCAAUCACGAAGGCAUCCACGUACGUUUAGCCACAAGCCGGGCCGAGACCGCUGAACAAUGGCGCCAACAAGGACGACAAGCCGUCAUCCUCAAUCUCGACGACCCGAACACCCUACCAUCAGCAUUGCAAGGUAUCGACAGGCUCUUCAUGGUUACUGGCUACACGGCAGACAUGCUGUACCAAAGCAAGAUGCUUAUCGAUGCGGCGGCAGCUGCUGGUGUUAAGUUUGUAGUUCACCUUGGUGUCUAUAGUUCAGGCCGGGAUCACAUUCCGCAUUUUAGCUGGCACGAUAUGAUCGAAACCUACAUCAAAGCUUCUGGAAUGGCUUGGACCAAUCUGCACCCAAACGUCAUCCUAGAUUCUCUGUUGGUGACUGAGCCAUCAACCAUCGAGAAAGGCUCUUUUGAUGUUAUGUGGGGUGAGGCCGCAUUGGGCUGGGUUUCAGCUGCUGAUAUCGGUACUUUGGCAGCCGCGGUGCUUCGCGAGGGACCCGAGAAGCACGCUGGUGCUGAUUACGGCUUGAGCCCAGAAAUCCUCACUGGUCCACAGGCUGCCGAGAUCAUCACUCAAGCCACCGGAACGAAGAUCGAAUGCAACGUCUACAAUUCAGAGGCGCUCAAGGCUUACGUCGCGACAAUUUCGGAUGCUGGAACCCGUCUCUACCUCAACAGCGCUGUGCAGACGAUGCGUCUUGGGGAAUCUGGGCAAAUGCGUUACCAAGCUACCAAACGUGACGACUUCGAGAUUGUCAUUGGCCGGCCUGCGACAACGCUGUACGAUUGGGCACGUCAGAACUUGGUUUCAUAG